AAUAGAUUUAGAUGGCAGCCGCAUACACAAAUUUAAUGACAUAAUAACAGAAUCCCUAUUCCCAACGUGAAAUAUUGCACAGGAUUGGAAUUGUGAUAAAAGUGGUGUGUUUUUAAAAGGUUGUAAAUAAUUGAAAAAUAUGGCUACUGUGAAAUUUGGGAAACAUUUGAAAGAAUUGAGAAUCCUCCUCUGCCAAACAUCGAAAUCUAGUCAAGGUGUUAGAGACUUUAUUGAGCAGCAAUAUUUGUCGUUGAAGAAAAAUAAUCCAAGAUUUCCCGUUUUGAUUAGGGAAUGUUCGUCAAUCGAACCGAAACUUUACGCGCGUUAUGAAUACGGUGUAGAACGUUGUGUGCCCCUGUCAAAUCUGAAACCUGAAGAAGUACUCGGAAGAGUUCAAGAGUUAGCAUCUCAAAAAUAAAUACUUUCUAAAUAUAUAUUAUAUGUAUAGUAUGUUGUAAUAAAAUAAUUAUAUCAAUA